AUGUCUUGUAUAGGCCCAGCUCAACCUGCUAAAUCGCAAAUCUCAGCGUCAGUUGUGGAUUCUCAGCCAGAAGAGUUCUCUCCGUCGACCGCCGUGACGUCGUCGACUCGUCUUCCUACAGUCUCCUCCAUUCUUCAGCCGCGCUUCAGUGACGGUAUCCCUUUGUUCAUAUUUUUCAAGGUUUGACGAGUCAUUUCCUUUUCAAAGCUCUGACUUUUGUUUCGAAAAUUGGAAUCUUGUAAAUUCAUGUAGAUCACAAGUAGAAAAUCAAUGUUGCUUUAUUGUUGGCUCAUUUACGCAGCUUUGCUUUUUUUUUUAUUCUUCUCACGAGACAUUCUAAAAAAAAAAAAUAAAGAAGCGAGGUUAAUUAGUACUGCAUCAAUUGGCUUUGAAUUUAGGUUCCUUUGAUGUUCCCGUACGAAGAAAUCCACUAAUUUUUUUUUUCGCGAGGUCAAAUACGUUUAAAAGCGUUUAUAUGUUCCCACAGAGCCACUACCAGUUGUACCGGCGAACUCCUCGCUUCGUACUUGGCGCAUAACCCGAGAAGGUCUCGUCCAGUGUUCCGACGCUUACAGUAUGGGUGCUUUUCUGGAUAAACCCAAAACGGUCAAGACCAACACUGACGGCCAAGGAAAUGUGAGUGUUUUCUCUUGGAAACUUCUUUCAACGAAAUUUUACGUUUCUGAAGAUCGAGCUCAGAAUUUCUCAACUCUACAACAAAUAUUUUCUGUUUUUUUUUUGUAACAAGUUUUCAGUAGUUUCUCGAUCAACGUUAUUGACUUUCUCUAGCCUUCUGGAAUUUUUCAAAGUUUUUUUUUUGUGGUAAUAAUAAAAAUUUUUGAGCUUAAUAUUUUUAAUAAAAUAGCUCUACCAAUGUUUUCGCUAUUAGAAACAAAAUAAAAAAAAAAUUAGGGUUUGAAAUACGCCAUGUCGAGCAUGCAAGGAUGGCGUGUGGAUAUGGAAGAUGCCCAUGUCGUUGAGGUAAAAAUGAGAUAAAACUAGGUGGUUAAUAUAUACUUUUGAGGUUUCUAUGGCCGACCGAGAGCCUUACAAAGAGUGGUCUUUUUUUGCCGUUUUUGACGGCCAUGCAGGGUCUUUGGCCGCCGACGACGCUGCUCAAAACAUUCUUCAGACGCUCAUCGACACGGAGCAGUUCGAAAAAGUUUCCCUUCUUCGACUCUCGCAGAAAAUGAUUGCUUUUGUAUAGGUUACUGCGUCUUUGAAGUCCAACAACGGCGUCUUGAGUGACGAAUGUCUGAAACUGAUGGAAGAAGGCAUCAAACACGGAUUUUUGUCUUUGGAUGAGAGAAUCCGCCAGAAACUCGACACGGUCAGUUGUAGGAGCAUGGGAUUUUUGAGUGAGAUUAACGAAAAUGGGGCCCAGUUCGAUAUUGAAAUUUCUCUGAUAAACGUUCAAGUUUCUCAAGUUUAUAUAAAGUAACGCUAAAAGAAAAAAUGAUAAUUUAAUCAUAUUUUCGCGAUUUCUCUGGAUUAAACAUUUGAUUUUUAGUCGAAAAUCUGAUUUUUUUUUUCUCUCCAAUUGAACAGAUUUCUCAGAUGGUAGAAGGAAUUUUGGGUCCACGAAUAUUUGUGAGCGUUAAUUGUGCAUACACCAAUCUUGGAUGCUCGAAUCUUUGAAAAUUGAAUUUUUGAAAACGAUUCUUGGGAAUAUUCACUUCUUUUCUGAUUUUUUAUAGUUUUUCCAAUUUUUUUGAAAACGGAAAUUGAUGGAGAAUGUAUACAGAGUGAAUGAAAAUGUGGUAGCCGUUCUGCAGUGAAUCUUUGACAAAGUGUAUGCGAGAAAGACGCAUUAUUUGAAAAAAAGUUAGUUAAAAACAAUAUCACAGUCUUCAUUUGUGGUCGAAACACGACAUCCUCACAAUAGAACGACAAAGAAAAAAAAAUGAAGGAAAGAAAAGAUGGAAAUUCAAAAAAAAGGUGAAUAUUCCCAAGAAUCGUUUUCAAAGAUUCAAAUUUUCAAAGAUUCGAGCCCCCAAGAUUGGUGUAUGCACAAUUAACGCUCCCGAAUAUUCGGGGAACCAAAAUUCCUUCCUACCAUCAUUUCUCACAUGAACUGUAGAGUUUAUGAAUUUCAUUUCAAACCUAAUAGAAUAAAAAUUCCAUCAAGUUAUAAGAACAUAAAGUAAAUAAGGAGAAAAAAAGGUGACACAUUAUUUUGACAAAAAAAUAGCUUUUUGUUUUUGAAAGGAGCUUUCCUACAAUUCUUUUUUGAUGGCCAAAUUACAAUGCUGGAACUUAUUGACAUCAUUUACCCAUCGGAGGUAUAAUUUUUAAAUGUCGGAAGUGUUGUUCUGAACUAACAGGAAUGUGUUCUUUCCGCUCACAAAAACUGUUUUCAAAGUCUUUUUUUUCAGAAUCGAAGCGGAUCCACGGCUGUUUGUGCUAUUCUCACACCAACUCACAUCAUCAUCGCUAAUCUCGGUAUCGCUCUGACGUUCUUCAAAUGUGUUGAACUGAAGUUCAAUGAAACUUUGAAAAAUAAGCUUUUUGUAAUGGUUCUUUUUAUUGCAGGAGAUUCCCGAGCAGUAUUAUCCCGUUCACAAGAGCCAGCGUUCGGAACCGAGGAUCACAAGGUUUCUUUUUUGUUUUUUAUUUACCUCAUCUUUGUUAUUUUUCAAAAUCAGCCCCUUUGUAAUUGUUGCGAUUUGGAUGAAUUGUAUUUUUCCAGCCUUACAACGACAAGGAAAGGCAGAGGAUCGAAGAAGCGGGCGGCUCGGUGAUGAUCCAGAGAAUAAACGGUAGUCUUGCCGUCAGCAGGUAUCACUCAAAAUUAUUUGAAAAAAAAAUUAAAUUAUUUUUCAAAGAAACUGGAUUCCGUGAAUGAAAUUUAUGAGACGGGAGAAUCGAUUUUCUUGUUUGAAAAGAGUGAAUAAAUAUAGGAGAAAAAAGGGAUUUUGCUCAGAAUUUCAACGGAUUUUCCUUUUUGUAUAAGAUUCCUUCUGUUUAGGCGCAGGCUUAGCCUGCGCCCUAUUUAGGGAUGAAGACUUACAUUCAGGAGAAACUAUAAUUCACAAAGUUUUUUAGACUUAUGUUAACUGCACGAAAAACACUCGUGAGAGUUUCGAGCAAUCAAGAAAAAAGAAAAGAAAUAUAGCAUUUUGACAAGUAGAACCGUGUGAAGAAAAAAAUGAAAUAAAUAAAUAACGCUUCGUUUAACAGUUUUACAGUCUUCCCAACUGCGUUUUAUAAUGAUUUAUGAGAACAUUUUCUGAUUGCGAUUGAAAUUUAGUUCAACGGUUUUCAAUCGUUCUGCCUUUCAGAGCAUUUGGCGAUUUCGAGUACAAAAACGUGCCAGGACUGCCUGCCGUGCAACAGUUGGUUUCGCCGGAACCAGACGUCUACGUUCUCAAGCGCAACCACGUGAGCUUACUCGGGCUUUCUUUGUACUUCGAUUUCAGGAGAAAGACGAGUUCAUGGUGCUUGCCUGCGACGGCGUCUACGACGUGAUGGAAAACGAUGAGUUGGCCAAUUUCGUGCGCGGAAGACUCAACGUCCACACCGACCUCAAGCUAGUUUGUAAUGAGGUUCGAUUUUUUUUUCCAGAUCAGAGUAAAUAAUUAGGAUAGUGGCGCGUUACUAGUCGACUCUUUAUCUAACAGUAAAAGUUCUACUCACUAGGGAACUUUUUUUUUUUACCCCCGGUUGAACUUUCGAUCAAAAUUUGUUGAGGUGUACUUCAAGGGAUCCUUAUUCCACUAGAAAAAAGUUCUCGCAAUAGAUCUUGUUUUCGAUUUAGGGAGCUACGAAGUUCGCCCGCUAAAUCAAUCAUAAAGGAGAAGAGGGGAUUUUGCUCGAGUACGCGCCCUGAAACCCAGUUGGCUGCGAAGUGUAGUGGCUAGCGCCAUGCACUGCGGUGGUUUUGGUCAGGGUUCGAGUUUUUUUGUAGAAUUUCAUUCUGCCAAAAAUUUUCCUGGUAAGAUUCUUAUGAAGCUGCCGUAGUUUUGUCGAAUUUAUUGUCAGAAGUUUAUUAUUACUUUUUUGAGCUAGUGUUUUCAUGUUUUCGGGGGGAAAAAAAUGGUAUAGGCUCAAGCACAUCAAUAAACAAUGAGCGUUUGAAAAUAAAACAAAAUAACGGCAGCUUCAUAAGUAUCUUACCAGGAAACGUUUUGGUAAAAAUGAAGUUCUUCAAAAGGACUCGAACCCUGACCAUAGUCACCGCAGUGCAAGGCAGUAGCCACUACAUCACGCAGCCAACUGGAUUUGAGGGGCGUACUCGAGAAUCCCCUCUGGUCGUUAUUCACUGA